UUUGUUCUCUCUCGCUCUACACAUUUUUUUUUCAAGGUUUUCUUAUUCUCGUUAUCAUAAUUAACUAAUUAGGAGCUUAUAUACAUGCAUGUUCUUUUUCUCGGCAAUUCAAUCAAAUUUAGGGCAAACAUGAAGCCUAUGAUUCUUGGAUUGGUGACCCUUCUCCUAAUUCUGACGACCGCAUUCGCAGUUGAGGAUGUCGGUGGGUCGAGCUUCUGCGACUCGAAGUGCAAUGUACGGUGCUCGAAGGCCGGGCGACGCGACCGUUGCCUCAAGUACUGCGGGAUAUGUUGUGAGAAGUGCAAUUGUGUGCCGUCGGGAACUUAUGGGAACAAAGACGAGUGCCCUUGUUAUAGGGACAUGAAAAACUCUAAGGGCAACCCUAAGUGCCCUUAAGUCCUCAUGCAUCUACCAGUUCUCCUUUAUUUAUACUAUGUUUGCAUUGUAUGUGUAAAAUAAAUGUUGGAUGAUGGAAAUUAUUGGCCUAUAGUGCCUAAAUUAUGUAUAAGAAUAAGUUUUUGUAGACAUUAAAUGAAAAUAAUAAAUAGUA